AUGCCGCUCUACAGCAUUUCUAAAGCGAUUUCGCUUACACUUCUCGCGGCCUCGGCCGUUGUUGAUGCCCACUCCUGGGUCGAACAGGUCCGCAAGAUCGACUCUACUGGUGCCUUCACAGACCCCGUAGGCUACCCCUUCGCAUUCAUGAACCGUUCAGCUCUCGGCUUCAUCGACGAAAAAGUCCAGAACAAGAUCUUAGAUACUAAGCCUAAUCCUCCCGUGUGUAAACCCAAGGCCGGUGCUUAUGACCAUCUGGACCGACUCACCGCAGCUCCUGGAGAUUAUAUCGCCCUGCUAUACCAGGAGAAUGGGCACGUCACCCAGCCUAACAUUACACCACGUCCCUACCGUGAUGGACUCGUCAGCGUCUACGGUACCCUCCACCACGAGGACUCGGAUGGUAUCAAUGAUGUUCUGGGCUCGUGGACUGCCGAUGGCAAGGGCGGUAACGGCAAAGGUAAACUUCUAGGAACCCAUUUCUACGAUGAUGGUCAAUGUUACCAGAAUGCUGGUCACAACUUCGCUAUCCCCAUCUACGCCACACGCUACAAGGAGCAUGGCCUAGAAGAGUUGUACUGCCAGACCGACUUCCAACUUCCAGAGGAUCUCCCUAACGAGGGGACCUACACGGUCAUGUGGGUUUGGGACUGGCCGCUCAUCACGUCCGACACUACGAACGUCACCGAGAUCUAUACUUCGUGUGCCGAGAUCCAACUUGAAGCCCCCAAGGGUGGUAAGAACGCCCAGGUUAAGUUCUCAGAGAGCAAUCCCAUCAGCAAGGCGGCCAUCAAGUCCCAGAUUAAGAUGCAGUUCGAGGCCACCGGUUUGGGGAUCGGAACCAACCCCCCAGCUGCACCUACCGAGACCCCAGCUACCUCUGCAGACAACAGCAGCCAAACCUCAGAGCCUGUAACUUCGGUAGAAACCUCCACGUCGAAGAAGCAUCAUGGUGGAGUCAAGACCGUUACCGUCACUGCCGAUGCGCAGACGACGACCAAGUGGCAAACAGUCACCGUUGGCGGUGGUGCUAGAACCACCACCGGACGGUCUGAGUCAUAUGCAACCAUCAAUCCUACCCCGACUCAGAACAUCUCUACCUCAGCAAAGCAAGCCGCGCCUACUUCCGUUGUGCCCGUUACCUCGAUCUCCAAGUUCCUGAAGGCACGGGCAACAGGACAGGCGCGACGAAACAGCACCUACGCAUGA